CGGCACUGGCAGACUCGGGGAGGAGAGGAAGGAGAGGGACUCUCUUGUCUCUCUCUCUGCUCCUUGGCGAGUGUUUGGCCGUUACUCGGGGAAUGGCGGAGUCGGAUUUGGAGAGCGGCAAAGGGAAGCUGGUGGCCAAUCAGCCGUAUGACGAGAGUGUGGACGUGAAUGAUGGCGAGGAGGUGGCGAGCGUGUACACGCCCACACCGCGGCACGUCCCUGCUCCCAAGUCAGAAUGUGUCCAGAGCAGAAUUGUGGUGGAUAACAGCAGCGACGAGUAUGAGGAGGACGUAAGCAAAGUGAUGUCCACAGAGGAGAAGAAGCCGCUGCAGCGAGCCUUCGUGGAGAACGAGGACGAGGAGGAGGAGGAUUCUGACGAAACGGAUUCCGACGAAGAUGAUGAAGAGCAUGGAGCGCCACCGGAAGGCGCGUAUGACCCUGCAGACUAUGAGCAUCUCCCCACCUCGCCAGAGAUAAAGGAACUUUUCCAGUACAUCACCAGGUACACUCCGCAGUCUGUCGAGCUGGAUCACAAACUCAAACCGUUCAUCCCCGACUUCAUCCCUUCGGUCGGCGACAUCGACGCAUUUUUAAAGGUUCCCAGGCCGGAUGGGAAGGCUGACACACUGGGGCUGGUGCCACUGGAUGAGCCGUGUGCCAAGCAGUCUGACCCCACGGUGCUGUCCCUCUGGCUGACCGAGAACUCCAAACAGCACAGCAUCACGCAGCAGCUGAAGGUGAAGAGCGUGGAGAACGCAGAGAAGAACCCAAAGGCCAUUGAUAACUGGAUGGAGAGCAUCAGCGAGCUCCACCGCUCCAAACCCCAUGCUAACAUUCACUACACAAGACCCAUGACUGACAUCGAGACGCUGAUGCAGGAGUGGCCGGCUGAGUUUGAGGAACUUCUGGGAAAGGUGAGCCUUCCCACCGCAGAGAUCAACUGCGACCUGGCCCAGUACAUUGACAUGAUCUGUGCUAUCCUGGAUAUCCCCGUCUACAAAGAUCGCAUCCAGUCUCUGCACGUGCUUUUCACACUCUACUCGGAGUUCAAAAACUCACAGCAUUUCAAAGCUCUGGCUGAAGGGAACAAGGUGACGGGCUCGGGAGACCCCCCACCACAGAGUGCAGACCCCGACAGCGUGAUCCUCGACUGACCGGAAGCCAUGGGCGGGGCUUCCCCACCACAGCCGAGGAAUUUCCUUCUCAAUAUAUUUUAACGUUUUACUAUUUUAUUUUUCUAUCCGUUGUAUAAAUUUUCUAAUAAAUAAUUCUAUUUGGAUCAAACUUAAGUUUUACCUCAUCAACAACAUCACACCUCCACCAAAACCCCCGAACA